UGGUAACUCAGACAAUUGUCAUCCUUGGCAACCGCGAAAAAGUAUCUGUUAUUAUUUCAAUUUUCGCCGUGCUGAUAACAACAAUAAAGGUUUUUGCAUAUGGUUCACCUAAUCGCGCAGAGCGCAGAGAAACCGAUUUACAGUGGUGAUACAUUGCAACCCACCAGUGGAGGUGGUGGUAUCGUACCUUUCUGUUUGAUGGUUGUGGGAUGUGAUAAUAAGUUUACUGCAGCACCAGUAACCAAACGACGCAUAUUCGUAAUAGAGAAACUAAAUUCUGUUGGUAUAUUAGUUCCAGGAAGCUCUUCAGAUGGCGAUUCACGAUAUACAUGUUCUCAAAAACAAUUCUGUGGAAUGUACAAAAAUGUGCAACUAACGAAUGUACCAGCAGACUGGAUCCAUUGGUUCAAUACUCCAUUUGAGAAUGAUUACGGUCACCACUGCAUUCAAGACACUGUGCAUAUCAUGGGCAAGAUGCGAAACAAUUUGUUCAACUCAGGAAGUGGUAUAAGAAUAGGAAAUUUCAUCGCAUCUAAAGCACACCUAAGGAUCGUUGUUCAGAAUAUGCCACGCACAAUACAUAAAUUGAAUGUUGGAGACAUUUUGUCGAAUGACAAAAUGAAUUAUUCUUCUAUUACAAAGCUACUAAACCCAAAAAUUGAGGAAUGGGUUCUAACAAAUAUUCCUGGAGGUAGUGGAACUGUGAUGUAUCUUAAAAUAAUGCGAUAUGUGAAUGAAGCUUUCAUAGACUCAUCGCUCAGUCCUCUAUGUCGUAUUUAUAGGAUGGCGUUUGCUGUAAUGGCUCUCCGUAUCUGGAAGACUUGUUGUAGGAAAAACAGGAGCUGCUUUAUGAUAACGGCAAAUAUCUACGCGUGCAUUGAAAUGAAUUUCCAUGAAUUGAUCAAACUCAUCAAUUUCUUCAGAGAAAAAUCAAUGGAUGAAUACUUUUUGCCAACAUUAUUCGGCAGUCAAGAUUGUGAAGAAUUUUUUCGCCAUUUGAGAUCAUUGACUACUUUGUGUUCAACAAUUGUUAAUUUUUCAAUGCUGGACUUAUUGCAUAGAGUUCAUAGAGUAGACUUUAUGAACUAUGCAGAAAAUAUACUGUAAUGUUAUGGAGUCAAUUCG